AUGGCCUCUCCACUCUCACUCUCCCUCAUCCUCUUCUGCUUCUUCCUCUUCCUUUCUCCUUCACUCUCUUCCUCCUCAGAGCUCAACAUUCUCCUCGAAAUCAAAUCAUCUCUCGACCCAGAAAAACGUUUCCUCACCUCAUGGACUCCCGACGCCGACCCUUGCUCCUCCGGCUCAUUCGACGGCGUCGCUUGCGACGGGAACCACCGCGUUGCUAACAUCUCUCUCCAAGGAAUGGGUCUCACCGGAACUAUCCCUCCUUCAAUCGGUCUUCUCACUAGCUUAACCGGUUUAUACCUUCACUUCAACUCCUUGACCGGUCAGAUUCCUAAAGAAAUCUCAAACUUGCCUCUCCUCACCGAUUUAUACCUUAAUGUCAACAAUCUCUCCGGCGAAAUCCCUCCCCAAAUCGGAAACUUAGACUACCUUCAAGUUCUUCAGUUAUGUUACAACAAGUUAAGUGGGAGCAUACCGACACAGUUAGGUUCGCUGAAGAAGAUUACUGUCUUGGCUUUACAGUAUAACCAACUCUCCGGCGCGAUUCCGGCGAGUUUAGGCGAUAUUGCUACGUUAACGAGGCUUGAUUUGAGCUUUAACGAUCUCUUUGGUCCUGUUCCGGUGAAACUAGCUGGACUUCCGUUGCUUGAAGUUCUCGACAUUCGCAAUAAUUCUUUCUCCGGCUUCGUUCCUUCCGCUUUGAAGAGGCUAAACAAUGGAUUCCAGUAUUCAAACAAUCACGGUUUAUGCGGAGAUGGUUUCACCGAUUUGAAAGCUUGCACCGGUUCUAACGAUCCGAACCUAAACCGUCCCGACCCGACAAACCCGAAGAACUUCAGAACAACCGAUGACGUAAAACCAGAAUCUGCAGAUUUACAACGAAACAACUGCAGUAAAAACAACAACAAUGGCGGAUGUUCAUCAAAAACCUCAAAGUCUUCAUCUUUUGGGAUCGUCAUGGGUCUAAUCGGAUCAAUACUCGCGAUCGCAAUCUUUGGUGGCUCAACAUUCACAUGGUACAGACGAAGGAAACAGAAGAUUGGAAGCAGUCUUGAUGCUAUGGACGGUAGGAUUAGCACUGCCACUGAGUACAACUUCAAAGAAGCUUCCAGAAGAAAAAGCUCUUCCCCAUUGAUUAGCUUGGAGUACGCGAGCGGUUGGGAUCCGUUGGGCCGAGGACAGAACAGCAACAACAGUGCAUUGUCUCAAGAAGUCUUCGAGAGCUUUAUGUUCAACCUCGAGGAGAUUGAGAGAGCGACACAGAGCUUCUCUGAGGUUAAUAUGUUGGGAAAGAGUAACGUCUCUUCGGUUUAUAAAGGUAUCCUUAGAGACGGUUCUGUUGCAGCCAUCAAAUGUAUAGCGAAAUCGAGCUGUAAAUCCGAUGAGUCCGAGUUUCUCAAAGGGUUGAAGAUGCUGACAUUGCUGAAGCAUGAGAACUUAGUGAGGCUGAGAGGUUUUUGCUGCUCGAAAGGCCGAGGAGAAUGUUUCCUUAUCUACGAGUUUGUCCCCAAUGGCAAUCUUUUGCAGUACCUUGAUGUGAAGGAUGAGGCUGGAGAGGUUCUUGAAUGGACAACCCGAGUUUCCAUCAUAAAUGGAAUCGCUAGAGGCAUUGUGUACUUACAUGGAGAAAAUGGGAACAAACCUGCAAUAGUUCACCAGAAUCUAUCUGCAGAGAAGAUUCUCAUUGAUCAUUGGUAUAAUCCUUCUCUUGCGGAUUCUGGUCUUCACAAGCUUUUCACGGAUGAUAUCGUUUUCUCCAAGCUCAAAGCAAGUGCUGCGAUGGGAUACUUAGCUCCUGAGUACAUAACUACAGGAAGGUUCACUGAUAAGAGCGACGUCUAUGCCUUUGGUAUGAUUCUGCUGCAGAUGCUCAGUGGUAAAAGCAAAAUCAGCCAUUUGAUGAUCUUACAAGCUGUAGAGUCUGGAAGACUGAACGAAGAGUUCAUGGAUCCAAAGCUUCGAAAGAACUUUCCUGAAGCAGAAGCGGCUCAGCUUGCUAGACUUGGUCUUCUCUGCACUCAUGAAUACUCAAACCAGAGACCAUCCAUGGAAGAUGUUAUGCAAGAACUGAAUAAACUAGCUGCGAGUUAUUAG